UGCAGUAUCACGUAAGGAAACUUUGAACUCCCUCAGUGAAGUCGGAAAUUGCAACCAGAAAGUUUACCCUUCAUAUCCUACUUGAUCGCCCCUUUCCUAGAAGGGAAAUCACGCAGAAUAGCGCAAUCGCAUUUGACUCUCCCCACUCGAGCUCUCGGACAAGUCUAUCAGUCACGAUUGAGCUCUCAUCACUUCAACAAUGAACGGAACCGUCAUAGAGAAGGAGAAUCCAGUGGCAACCGUCUUCGAUCACGAGAAAGAUAUACAGCUGAGCAUUCAGCUGAAUCGUUGGAUGAUGGAGCUGAUUGGUGCGUGGCCGAAAUCCACCGCAAUCUCAUCGAUAAAGAGAUUCGCGUACGCAUUGUUAAACGUGAUUUGUGCGAGUUUAGUUAGCUUUCUCGUUAUACCUACUGUCAUCUAUAUAGUGCUUGAAAUGGAUGAUGCGUACCUUAUCUUGAAACUUUGCGGCUCACUGAGUUUCUGUACAGUGGUCAUCGUAAAGUACUUCUGGCUGCUCUUCCACGAGAAAGACAUUCGCAAUGCUAUGGAGCAUAUCAAGAGAGACUGGAUGAACACUCUACAUUACGAUGAUCGAGUCGUCAUGAUUAAGAGCGCAAAAUUCGGCCGACGCCUCGUGGCGAUCUGCGCGUUCUUCAUCUACGGCGGUGCAGUUUUCUAUUGUCUCGUCCUGCCGUUCAGUGCCGGAAAGAUUACAGAGGAUGACGGAAACCUGACCUAUCGGCCACUAAUAUUUCCAGUCGCCAGAGUGAUUGUCGACGUGCGACGCAGCCCUAUCAAUGAGAUUUUCUUCUGGGUGCAAUGCUUGGCGGGUUUUGUCGCGCACUUCAUCACUGCCAGUGGAUACAGCUUAUCCAUCGUACUCGCGCUGCAUGCCUGCGGCCGCAUGGGGGUCCUAAUACAAUGGAUCGAACACUUGGUGGAUGGACGGGAAGAUUUAUAUAAUAACAUGAAUGAGAGAUUGGUGAUGAUCGUAGAACAACAUGUUCAAAUUUUACGUUUUAUAUCACUAACGGACAAGAUACUGUGUGAAAUAUCUAUUAUAGAAAUUGUACAGUGUACAUUAAACAUAUGUCUUCUUGGAUAUUACAGUAUCGUGGAAUGGGAGAGUAGGGAGAUUACAAGUUAUUUAACGUAUUUCGUUCUGCUUCUAUCUUUUACGUUUAGUAUUUUUAUGCUGUGUUACAUCGGCGAACUGGUUAUCGAAAAGUACAAAAAGAUCGCCGAGGUGUCGUACAUGAUCAACUGGUAUCGUCUAUCCGGAAAGAAGAGUCUCGCCCUUGUAUUGAUGAUCGCUAUGUCCAAUGCAUCGAUCAAACUUACCGCCGGGAAUUUCUUCGAAUUGUCCCUCGGUACUUUCGGCGACGUGAGUAAUGCAAUGUCAAUGUCUAUCGUAUCUAUUUUUCGAGUGGUAUCACUUACGAGACACUCGUGUAACUUAUAGGUGAUCAAAACAUCAGUUGCCUACUUUAACAUGCUGCGUACGUUAAAUAUAUAGGUCUCU